UAAGGAUGGCUCAGGUGUGUCAGACUGUGCUGUCACUGGACGCUUCAGCCACUCAGAACCUUAAAGAAGGAAUAAACUUCUCAGCUGGACACUGCUUCAUCAUCUACCGACACCAAGACAACUUCAGAGCCUGCAGGAACCAGUGCAGACACCAGGGGGGGCUCUUCAUCACAGACAUCGAGGACAUAGACCGCAGGACAGUGCGCUGUACGAAGCACAACUGGAAGCUGAAUGUAGCAACGAUGAAGUACAUUAAUCCUCCAGACAGCUUUAUGCAGGAUGAGCUGGAGGUGGAGAGGUCUGCAGAUGGAGGUUUGAAGUUGUUGGAGUUGGACCCAUCAGACCCCUGGACUGCUGAUCCCAGACCAGUACAGGAACUACAGCCUGGAGAAGUUAUGCUGACCUACAUCACCCAUGCGUGUAUGGAGCUGAAGGCAGGGGGUAAAAGCAUGAUGUUUGACCCGUGGCUAACUGGCCCGGCAUUUGCUCGAGGAUGGUGGCUCCAGCAUGAGCCUCCAGAAGAUGCUGUGGAGCGAAUGUGCCGAGCUGACCUCAUCUACAUCAGUCACAUGCAUUCCGACCACCUCAGCUAUCCAACCCUGAAGCUGCUGUCGGAGAAGAGGCCUGAUGUGCCGAUCUUUGUGGGCAACACAUCACGGCCGGUGUUCUGGUAUCUGGACAGAAGUGGAGUGAAUCUUACUAAUAUUAACAUUGUCCCAUUUGGCAUCUGGCAGAAUGUGGAUAGAGAUCUUCGAUUCAUGAUUCUGAUGGAUGGAGUUCACCCAGAGAUAGACACGUGUUUGAUUGUUGAGUAUAAAGGUCACAGGAUCCUAAACACGGUAGACUGCACACGUCCGAAUAAUGGCCGCCUCCCCCGUGGAGUGGAUUUGAUGAUGAGCGACUUUGCAGGAGGAGCUUCGGGAUUCCCCAUGACUUUCCACCAGGGAAAAUACACUGAGAGCUGGAAGAUAGAGUUUAUCAGCCGGGAGAGGAAGAAGUUGCUGCACUAUAAAGCCAAGCUGGUGGAGUCUCUACAGCCACGAGUGUACUGCCCAUUCGCCGGGUACUUCACCGAGGCCCACCCCUCCGACAGGUACAUUAAAAACAUCAACCUGAAGAACAGCCCAGUGGAACUCAAUGCUCUGAUCCAGAAAAAAUGUCCCAAUAUACUAACCUGGACCCCCCGACCCGGAUCCACACUGGACCUCGCCAAGGCCCUGACCAACCACAGGGAAGCAGUCAGUGAUCCAGAUGGUGUUCCGGUAUAUAAGGAGCAGUGGGAGUUUGAUCUGUAUGUGGAUAAGCUGAACACCUCUGUCUUAUCUGACGUGUUUACGGACCGACGCUGGAUCCCGUUCUACUACAGCUGGGCCGGGUUCCAGAACUACAAUCUGGUGAUCCGGAUGAUAGAGACGGAUGAUGAUUUCCAGCCGCUAGACGAUGGGUAUGAUUACCUGGUGGACUUCCUGGACCUGUCCUUUCCCUCCACCCGCCCUCAGAGAGAGCACUCCUACCUAGAGAUCCAGAACAGAGUGGGCGUGGUCAGAACCGUGGUUCUGAAUGGGCUGCUGUGGGACGAUCUGUACAUCGGCUUCAACAACAGAAUCAGCAGAGACCCGGAUAUCUACCACCAUCGGUUUUGGACUCACUUCCAGUCGGAUUUGCCUCUCUCAGCACCGGACUGGAACACCUUCCUCAGAGACCGCCCUACCCUCCACCCCGCCCCCUCGAGAGUGCUCCUCCCACCCCUCUUCUCUCAGCUCUGGGUGGUGUGUUUGUGGUGGGUGGAAAAGGUGCGGCACUACUUCUGGUAAAGCCUUUAUAUCAAGCUGAGCCAAAGAGCUAAGCUAAUAACCUGAUCUAAUAUAAUAGUCGAGUUUAAUAUAAACACAAAUGACCACAGAAAUAUUCUAAUUAUUCCUAAAAAAAAUAGUAAAAACUCUUAACAGAUUCAGUUUCCUGAAAGUAAAGAACAUUAAUUGUAUUACAUCUUUUAAGUUUUUUAAUUGUUGGGGCUCUGUAUCCCACAAUACCUUUAGACGAAAACUGCAUAAGAAGAAUAAGAGGAAGAAGAAUUUAUUAUUAUUAUUAUUAUUAUUAUUAUUAUUAUCAUUAUUAUUAUUAUUAUUAUAUCCCUUUCUAUACUGUAAGGACACAGUACAGACUUUAAGUAUACAACACAACGGAUAUUAUCAUUAUUUCAGUGAAUUAAAGAAACUAAAGAAGGAUUCAUAAUUUUACUAUCUGGGUCUGAAGAUCAAUAAACUCUAAUUAUUAGUAUUCAGUGUUUACUCUCUCAGCUGAUGAUUUUAAUCAGUUUUAAAUGUUUUUAACUGUCAUCGCCAGUGUCAGUGUGCUAAUCCUUUAGCUGUGUAAACACUGUGUUUUAGAACAGAGAAAUUUGUAUUUACUUACUUUUACGUUCUUUUAUUUAGUCUGAGGUUUUGUAUCACUCUUGUUUUUGCUACUGCUAGUGGUUAGUGAGCUGACACUGUGAAGUAAACACACACCAUAUGCUAAUGCAGAAAUAAAUCAGUGACUUUACAGAGCUUAACAGUUUAAUUAUUUCUUAAAUAUUUAUUUUUAUCUGGGCUGGACUGUCUGACUUUAUCAGGGAAUUUUACAUAAAAAUUAUCAUUUUAAAUCAUCCUAACACAACGCUGUCUUAACGUACUCUUUCUGUUACCAUCUUGGUCAUAAAACUCCUGUUCCCAAAACUACGGUGAUGUUCCAAUAUCUGAUCGUAUUUUUAUAAGUUUUGAUUUAGUUUACUGUGAUUAAAAUCAUUCAAAUGAAAUAAUAUAAGUGCACUGCUAUGUUAUUAAAAAUAUUAUUGACUUUAAUAAAUAUUGAUUGUAAUUAAUGUGUUUAUGCUGACUUAAAUUGAGGCCUAAAUCAAAACACUACAAUGUUCUCUAGAACUGUAGUACUGUAACUCUUCUCAGACGGCAGGGAUUUCAUACGGAAUGUAUUUUUUUCUUUCUUUAAA